CGUGUACGUGCGCGCCCCUCCAUAUUCUUUGUGUGGCGGCGCAGAGAAACGCGGACAGGCAAGCCAUGGCGGACGAAAAACCCAAGGAAGGAGUGAAGACAGAAAAUAAUGACCACAUCAACCUGAAGGUUGCAGGGCAGGACGGCUCAGUGGUGCAGUUCAAGAUCAAGAGGCACACGCCGCUCAGCAAACUCAUGAAGGCAUACUGCGAGAGACAGGGGUUGACAAUGAGGCAAAUUCGAUUCCGGUUUGAUGGGCAGCCUAUCAAUGAAGCAGACACACCUGCACAGUUGGAAAUGGAGGAUGAAGAUACAAUUGACGUUUUUCAGCAACAAACAGGAGGCCUCAACUAAAAGUAUAAAGUGCCCCCACCCUUCCUUGCUCCCUCCCACCAUAGAUUCCUGAUGCUUUCCCUUUCAGACUUCUCCUAUUGUCAUCACAGAAUCUGUACCAUACUAAAGAAGACAUUUUCACAGUUUCACAUAAAUGCUGUUGUAUAGUGUUUUUUCAUCCUUGCUUUUUUCUCCUUUUUUUUGUACAUAAACCUCAACUGUCAGAACACAUACAUUUAGUUAUUCUGAAGUGGCUCAUAAUUUCUGAAAUUAACCAGCGAUUCAGGCCCAAAAUUGUAGACUGGUGAUAUCUUUUGAAAGAUAAGUGAUUUCCAGUAAAUUAUUUUACACCUCGUUCACAGUGAGAAUGAGAUUCGCUGGUUAGCAGACUGUAUUCUGUUAUCUGUUUCAGGAGAUGGAUUUUAUAUCUUUUUUUAUAUUGUAGUGGUUGUGUAGAAUAAAACUUGUCUUAAACAUAGAUUGAUUUGGCCACAUUUGAAAUAAGGAACCUCUGAAAAUGGGUUUUAGUCAAGUUGAACAUCUGUAUUGUUUAAUAAAUUUCUUGUUAAACUAA